CGCCCCAUGCUCUUCACGCAGGUACAAGGAAGAGCAAUGGCGACCUCCCUCCGCCUCGUCCUGCUCCCCCUCCUCCUCUCCGCUGUCAUGGCUGCCGCCGGCGUGGUGGGCAGCGCGGUGCACGACGUGCUCCCGGAGUACGGGCUCCCGCGGGGGCUUCUCCCGGACUCGGUGAAGAGCUACUCGCUCUCGCCGAGCGGGGAGUUCGAGGUGGAGCUCAAGGCGCCGUGCUACGUCCAGUUUUCCGACCUCGUGUACUACGAGAAGAAGAUCAAGGGGAAGCUUGCCUACGGGAAGAUCUCCGACCUCUCCGGGAUCCAGGCCAAGAAGCUCUUCAUUUGGGUAUCCGUUAGCGGCAUCGAGGCCCACCCGGACGACGGCACCGUCGAGUUCAAGGUCGGGUUCCUCUCCGAGACGCUCCCGGCGAGCGAUUUCGAGCUCGUCCCCACCUGCAAGGCCAAGGCCUCCUGCCGCGGUGCCGCCGGAUUGGUUUCCGAAGGGCUCCGCAUCUCCCAGGAGUUCCAUUCAGCUUCAGAGAACCCGGUCUUUUGAAGGAUUAAAUCUCAAACUAAAACUUGUGUGCAGGGAAUAAAGAGCAUUACGUUGCAGAAAUGAUACGGGUAUGAACUUUUCGUGGGUGUGCAUGUCGCUAUAAAAGUAUUAUUGCAUAUGGAGACUUGAAUCCUUUCCAAACCCAGUUCCUUUGUUUCUGGAUUAUGCAUAAAUUAAUGUAGUUAUUAAUUGGUAAAUAGAGGGAGAAGGUUUUUCCUCUGCAAUUCACUUAUCCAA